ACCCCAAAAAUCAAUAUAAUAGAAACGACCUUAAGCAAUCAACCAUCGGACUCGGAACGCAAUUCAGAAUCUUGAUCAAAGUCUACAUAAAUAAACAACAAGAACAGAUUAUUAUGAUGUCUGUGAUUUGAAGCCCUAAAAUUAUCGGUGGCUUUGAAGAAGAAGAAGGAGGAGGAGAGAGAUGUCGUUGGACCUGUCGUUGAAGUCGGCGUGUAGCAGAUGCGGAUCCGGUGUGGAUUUGUACGGAAGCAACUGCAAGCACAUGACUCUUUGCCUCACGUGUGGCCAAACCAUGGCUCAGAACAAAGCCAAAUGUUUCGAUUGUGGCGCCAUCGUCACUCGCUUGAUUCGAGAGUAUAAUGUUCGACCGAGUGCUAGCACUGACAAACAUUACUUUAUCGGAAGAUUUGUGUCUGGAGUACCGCCUUUUACGAAGAAGAAAAAUUCAGAAUGGACGCUUCAGAAAGAGGGACUACAAGGGCGGCAAGUUACUGAUACUUUGCGGGAGAAGUACAAGAAUAAGCCUUGGCUCUUGGAGGAUGAAACAGGCCAGGUUCAAUACCAUGGUCACCUUGAAGGCGCUCAGUCAGCAACUUACUACCUGCUAGUAUUAAAUAAUAAAGAAUUUGUUGCUAUUCCUGCUGGUUCUUGGUUUAAUUUUAACAAGGUUGCACAAUAUAAGCAACUUACCUUGGAGGAAGCUGAAGAAAAAAUGAAGAACAGGAGGAAAACUGCAGAUGGAUAUGAAAGAUGGAUGAUGAAAGCUGCAAAUAAUGGAGCUGCUGCAUUUGGUGAAGUGGAAAAAAAUUUGGAUGACAAGGAGAGUGCCGGGACUGGUGGGAGGGGACGCAAAAAAAGUGGUGAGGAUGAUGAAGGUAAUGUCUCAGAUAGGGGAGAAGAAGAUGAAGAAGAGGAGGCAGCUAGGAAGAAUAGGCUUGGACUGAAUAAAAGCGGUGGUGAUGAUGAUGAAGAAGGUCCAAGAGGAGGUGAUCUUGAUUUGGAUGAUGACGAUGUUGAGAAGGGUGAUGAUUGGGAACAUGAGGAAAUUUUUACUGAUGAUGAUGAAGCUGUUGGUAAUGAUCCUGAGGAGCGGGAAGAUUUAGCCCCUGAAGUUCCUGCUCCGCCAGAAAUUAAACAGGAUGAAGAGGAUGAAGAUGAAGAGGAAGAGGGUGGAGGACUGAGCAAAUCUGGAAAAGAGUUGAAGAAGCUGCUUGGGCGAACUAGUGGGCUAAAUGAAUCAGAAGCUGAGGAUGACGAUGACGAUGACGAUGAUAUGGAUGAUGACAUCGGCUUUCCUUCUGUGCUGGCUCCAAAGCAGAAGGAUACACCUAAGAAGGAGGAGCCUGCUGAUAACAGUCCAUCAAAACCAGCUCCUUCUGGAACCAAGGGAACUCCUGUGUCUAAGUCUUCAAAGGGUAAAAGGAAAUCUAAUGGUGAUGAUGCAAAAACAUCUAACAGUGCACCUCUCAAGAAGGUGAAGACAGAAAAUGAUGCAAAAACUUCUGUAAAGGAGGAAAAUGGCUCUGGUUCAAGAAGCGCCAGUGCUUCAAGAGGUACACCAUCAUCAUCAUCAACGAAAACUGGGUCAACUGCUGCUUCUGGUCCGGUCACUGAAGAAGAAAUCAGGGCUGUUUUACUGCAGAAGGCACCUGUGACAACGCAGGAUCUUGUUGCUAAUUUCAAAGCAAGACUGAAAUCCUCUGAGGAUAAGAGGGCCUUUGCAGAUAUUCUGAGGAGAAUUUCAAAGAUACAGAAGACCAACGGUCCUAACAACUACGUCGUAUUGAGAGAUAAAUGAUUGCAUCCUGACACAAUACAAUUACCAUUUUCAUAUUACAAACCUCCUUCAUUGGACAAUUGAGCUAAAGCUAUUUCCAAGGGAAAAACUGAUUGGCAGCUGGUGUUUCUUGCUUUUCUACGCAGGAAAUUUCCAGUGGUGAAGAAUCAUAAUUUAUAAGCAAUCUUGUAUGUUUUCCGGUAAACAUGUGUUCGGUGUUCUAUAUUUAUUGACAAAUUUACCAUUAUGAUCAAAGAGGCAUAUCUUGAUGAUCGACACAAACUAAACAAACUCAAGGUAGUUUAGCCACUAUUUAAGUUUGAGUCGAGUCAACUUGACUCCGAGUGAGUUCAUGAUAGAUCUGUCAUCUUUGGCAUUUUGUCUUUUUUGAUGACCUUUAUUUUUGGGCAAUUCUCCUUUUUGAGCUCUGGUAACCCCCCUUCUUUGGAGCUUUCUGGUGGUGGCUCUUUUGGUGAACUCAUUGCCCACUCAAGUACGGGUUGACUCUAGUUCAAGCUCUUCUCAACUUUUGGUUAGAACAAAUCAAAUUCAAGUUGGGGUGGUUUCUUGUGAGUUGGUAGUAAAUUCGUUUUUGUUAGUGAUUUCUUAUUUCCUUUAAUGAUUUUUCUUCUAUUUCA